UGACGGACGGAUGAUGCUGUCGCGCGAACAGGUGAUGCUGCGCUCGAGCCGCUGACAUCCUCUCCCCCCUCCCAGCCCUCUCCUCUCCUCCGUGGCAGCCUCCGUCCCUCCUCUUCUCUCCCUCCUCGCUCCUCUUCCUCCGACACGCGCACAAAACGCUCUGUCAUGGCGUCUUCCAACCAUGUUACCCCCACCAACUGUAGCUGGUGGCCCAUCUCUGCCACGGACGGGGACGGCAAAGUCACAGACGGGGAGGAGUGCGAGGAGCCCGCGGCCGAGCCCAACGCUGUCAACAAAGACAGGCUGGUUUUGUACCACUGGACGCAGUCGUUCGCCUCCCAGAAGGUCCGUCUGGUGAUCCAUGAGAAGGGUCUGGUCUGUGAGGAGAGGGAUGUCAGUUUACCACUGCAGGAGCACAAAGAGCCCUGGUUCAUGAGGCUAAACUUGGGAGAAGAGGUACCCGUCUUCCUACAUGGAGACACCAUCAUCAGUGACUACAACCAGAUAAUUGACUACAUGGAAAAGAACUUUGUGGGAGACACUGUAGCACAGCUGAUUCCUGAUGUGGACUCACCUCUCUAUGAGCGCGUGCAACAGUACCGUCACCUGCUAGAUGGACUGCCAAUGGAUGCUUACACACAUGGCUGCAUCCUCCAUCCAGAGCUCACCACCGACUCUAUGAUCCCAAAGUACGCCACAGCAGAAAUACGUAGACACUUGGCUAACGCUGCAACCGAGCUGAUGAAGUUGGACCACGAGGAGCCUCAGCUGACAGAACCUUACCUGUCCAAGCAGAAGAAACUAAUGGCAAAAAUCUUGGACCAUGACAAUGUGAACUACCUGAAGAAAAUUCUGGGGGAUUUAGCCAUGGUUCUGGACCAAGUGGAGGCUGAACUUGAGAAAAGGAAACUGGAGUAUCAAGGUCAGAAGUGUGAGCUGUGGCUUUGUGGACCUGAAUUUACACUAGCUGAUAUCUGCCUUGGAGCCUUGUUGCACAGGCUCAAGUUCUUGGGACUUUCUAAGAAAUACUGGGAGGACGGCAGCCGGCCCAACCUGCAGUCCUUCUUUGUGCGUGUGCAAAAACGCUACGCUUUCCGCAAGGUCUUGGGCGAUGUCCACACGACCCUGCUGUCUGCGGUCCUACCCAACGCCUUCCGAAUGGUAAAAAAGAAGCCGCCAUCCUUCUUCGGGGCAUCUUUUCUCAUGGGCUCACUGGGCGGGAUGGGCUACUUUGCCUACUGGUAUUUAAAAAAGAAAUACAUGUAGUGAAGGCCCUGUUGUUGUGUUAAAUGUCUGUGUAAUUGUGUGAUGCUUCAACUUUUCUGUCAUGUUUUAUGACUGCAGGAAAAUAUAAUGAAUCUAUAUAGAGAACACUAUUACUCACCUGGGUGAACGAAGACACGUGAAAACAUUCCGUUGUAAGAAAUUCCUGACAGCACAUUUUCUGGACAUCAAGGCCUUCGUUAAGUUCAAGUCUUGGAAACUUGCAGCUUUUUGUGCAAGCAAGAUUUAUUUAUUUAAUUUGUUUGUAUUUUUGGGAGGCGUGCAUCAGGACCACUUUGACUGAAUACAUGAACGUAGAAGCCAGAUCCACCGUGACCACACUACUGCUGGGGAACAGAGCUUUGCAUGUCACCGUUAGUCAAGUCAUGCCUCCAUCUCUCAGAGGUCUCACCUGUAAAUCACUGCAACUAUAGUCACAACAAAAACGUUCUGAUAAGUGUUGCGCUGCCAGAAACU